CAAUCGGCAUUCCUCCUCCUCUCUAUUAGUCUCCUGCACACAACACUCUCGGAGAGAACACAAUGACAUAUCGGAGUUCGAGACACGGUGAAGACAGCCGAUGGUCACCGGACUACUGAUGGGAAAACGAUUUUUUCGCACAAAAUUAACCGUUUACACCUCAAGCAUAAACUUUCAAACAACAGGAAAACUUUGCCUUAUUAUAUUGAGAACUCCAGGACACAGGCACCAUGGCGAGGUUUUACAGGGGAACCACGAAUCAAUAGAAAGGGUUAUUACAGUUCUCUUCUGGGUUGGACCAGUUGGGUCAGACGAGAGACUCCUCAGUGACAAAGAAAAGACGAGUGAUUGACGCACCAUGGAGGGCGGGAACGAUGUGGAUCUGUCCAACAGUAACAUCACCCCGCUGUGGAAGAGGCGCUCAGCCAACCACACUGGCCCCAGCAAGCUAAAGGCCCGGCCCCUCAGCUACCAGAUAGAUGGAGUCCACAUGACUGACUUCCCCGUAGAGGACAACAAGUGCAGCUUUACCUUGAGCCAGCCUGCAGAGAGACUGGUGGCCACGCCGGGAGGAGGGACGGUCAUUCUGAAGCACGUUCUCAACCAACCCACCAAGAAAACACGGGUAGUCAGGAGUAUAAGUAUUGGACAUCUGUCCAAAGGACGUUUCUCUCUGUCCAAGUUGAAAUCGGAGGAUGAUAAGUCACUGUCGUUGAACAGUAAGACAUGUCACGGUGGGAGUGUUGAUAAUGUGUGGUCAGACAAGCCUCGGGUGGACACCCAGAAUCGACUAUCCAGCCCGUUCACCCUCACCACUCACAGGGACCAGAUAGUGUUUGGGAUGAGCCCUUCACCGCCGGACUCUGCCUCCUCAAAACACCCCUCUCCCCCUGCCUCCCCCAAUAAGCACCACCACCAUAACCUGACCUCCCCUUCUUCCUACCACCCCUUAACUCCUGUCCCCUCUCCCCGUAACCCCAGCCCCUCUCCCCCUAACCCCAGCCCCUCUCCCCCUAAUCCCAGCCCCUCUCCCCCUAACCCCAGCCCCUCCACCCCUAACCCCAGCCCCAGCCCCUCCACCCCUAGUCUCCACACCCCUACCCCAUCCCACAGCUCCACCUCCAGUAUCAACUCCCUCUCUUCCCUCAUCUCCACCCCUUCUGACCUCCCCACACCCCACAGCCCCUCCUCUGCUGACAUGUCUGCCCCCUCUCCUUCCCCCUCUCAUUCCCCCACUCCCACCCUCUCUCCCUCCAUCUCCCUAUCUCCUCCUCCCUCCAUUGUCCUCAGCACCCACAGUGCAGCUGCCCUUAAGAAGGGCACACAACAGCUGAUCCCCAAAGGGCUGGCGUCCCUGAGCAAGGCCUCUCCUGCUGGGGUACAGAGCCACGGCAUGGGGGGUCUGCUGGGCCUGGAUCCUACCAAGCGGGCCCUGCGAGCCCUCAGCAUGGUGGAGACUGGAUCCUUCUUCUCCACUGGCGUAGGUUCCGGGGGAGGGGGGACAGACCAGGAUGAGAGCACUGGGACUCUGAAGAGAGGGUUGAGGUCUACCUCGUACAGGAGAGCAGUGGUAAGUGGAGUGGAAAUGGAAAUACCAUCUGAUGACCUCAAGACCCAUCGUCUGUCCCAACCUGUGCUCCGAGGACUACAGGAGGUCAAGGAGAGACCGACCAGCCCUGGGAAGAAGAACAAGAGUCCUGAUAAGAAGCCAGGACUGAUCACACAGAGGACAUUUGACAGUGAAGAGGAGGAACUGUAUCAGAACUACCAGGAGAAAGCUCUUCACAAUGACUCUGAUGAGGACCAGUCCAGAGAGGCCAAACCUGAUGACCGCAUUGUGAUGCAGUACAGACCCAUACGCACCUCCUGGAGCCAACUCAGUGUGGUAAAGAAGAGUGGCGUUUCUGAUAAACUCAGCCAGGAGGAGCGGAAAAGACAAGAGGCCAUAUUUGAGUUGAUAUCGUCAGAACACUCCUACCUCCACAGUCUGGAGGUUCUAAUCCGGAUGUUUCAGAACUCAGCAGAGCUCAGUGACACCAUGACCAAGACCGAGCACCACCACCUCUUCUCCAACAUCACAGACGUGUGUGAGGCCAGCAAGAAGUUCUUUAAAGAAUUAGAGGAUAUACACCAGCAGAACAUUGUUAUAGAUGACAUCAGUGACGUCGUGUUCAGACACGCCCAGUCCAACUUUGACCCCUACAUCACCUACUGCUCCAAUGAGGUUUAUCAGCAGAGGACCCUACAGAGGCUAGUUAGUAAGAGUCCAGUGUUUAAGGAGAUGUUGACUCGUAUUGAGGGCCACCCAGACUGCAGGAACCUCCCAAUGAUCUCCUUCCUGAUCCUGCCGAUGCAGAGAGUCACACGCCUGCCUCUGCUGAUGGACGUCAUUUGCCAGAAGGCUCCUAAGGACUCUGCCCAGUAUGAGACCUGUAAGAAAGCCCUCCAAUCAGUGAGCAAGGUGGUGCGUCAGUGUAACGAAGGGGCCCGUACGAUGGAGAGAACAGAGAUGAUGUACACCAUCAACUCUCAACUGGAGUUUAAAAUCAAGCCCUUCCCACUGGUGUCGUCCUCUAGGUGGAUGGUGAAGAGAGGGGAGCUCACAGCCUUCGUGGAGGAGAACGGCAUCUUCUCCAAGAAGACGUCACGGCAUCAGGUCUACUUCUUCCUCUUCAACGACGUCCUCAUCCUCACCAGGAAGAAGAGUGAGGACAGCUACACAGUGAUAGACUAUGCUCUGAGGGGCCAAAUUUGGGUGGGACCCUGCCAGGCCGAGGAUGUCAACCUAUCACCCGUCAGAAGCACCGCUGGAAUGCUGACAUCACGGCAGCCUGGGGCCAGCCACCUCUUCCGCCUGCGUUUCCGUAGCAACCACUCCGGAGACAAGGUGCCCAUGGUCCUGGGGGUGGAGCGAAUGAAUGAGCGUGCUCGCUGGAUCAGUGCUCUGGGCCAGAGCAGCAAUGACGAGAAGAACCAAGACCGAACCAAUGCCAUGCAGGUGGAGGUGACGAGGACGUACACAGCCAAGCAGCCUGAUGAGCUGUCACUGCAGGUGGCUGACGUGGUCCUGGUGUCACAGACUGUGGAGGAUGGCUGGUAUGAAGGUGAGCGACUCCGUGAUGGCGAGAGGGGUUGGUUCCUGUCAGAAUGUGCUGAACCAAUCAUGUGCCAGGCCACUAUUGAGCGCAACGUGCAGAGGAUGGACCGCCUCCAGGGGCUGGAAACCAAUGUGUGAGCUGGAACUGCAGGCUCCACCCACUAAAUACACCAGUGACCUGCCUUCAAUCAGACACACCAAUGAGUGAGCUUUAUGCCAGCAACAGCCCUCCACUGAACACACCAAUAUAAAGUCUCCUUGGUCAACAGAGCAAUGUGUGAGAUCUUUCUGCCAGCGACUGAAUACACCAAUGAGCCGCCUUCAAGCACUAUCAACCAAUGAGAGUGCUGACUGCCACUUAAUGCACUAAUAGAAUCUCUGUGGUCAACAGACACAGGUAUGCCAGCUGACUGCAUCUAUUAGAAUGGGUUUGGGAUCCAAUGAUUGUUACCCAUGCAGUCUAACAUUCUCCAUCUUCUACCAAUCUCUAUGGUAUGGAAGUUUGACCCUAUAACCUGUCAACAACACUUUGACUCCUCCCACUGAUGCAAGACUGUCCAACCACUGCCCGUGUGACUGCUUUUUGGCCCCGAAGGACAUCCCACUUGGACACACGCGCACACAGAACGUGCUGGGGUCAAAGUUUAAAACUGCCACGUGGAUUGGUCAACCUAUAAUAACGGUAGAUUACAACUAAUAUAACAUGUAUUCAUUUAAUUUCCUUCUGAAAGACUCCCCAGGAAUGAAGCUUACUUUCUGUACUACAUAACUAGGAUUUAUAUUAGUAUAUUUUCUGUCAUGCUUUUUAAAGUCACAGGUUGUUGUGAUGGGACAGGUCAGUUUCACUUCUGCUCUGUGGUCAGGUUAUAGUGUGUGAUGAGACUGUUGGGGAAGAGGCUCAUUGUAGACACACAAAUUACACUUUACGUUAGACUUGUCUGUGUGUGGCUAGGAGGCCUUUUGUAAUGUAACUGAAUGUGACGACGGUCCAAAAUGGCCAAAUAAACGGAUCAUUUCUAGACUUCCCUGUGUGGCCAGUAGGAGCCAAAAUGGCAGAAUGACCGGUCCAGUUUCCUGACUUCCCUCUGGUUAGAAGGUUACAGUAGAGUAAGGCUGAAUGUAAGGAGCCAAAAUGGCAGAAUGACCGGUCCAGUUUCCUGACUUCCCUCUGGUUAGAAGGUUACAGUAGAGUGAGGCUGAAUGUAAGGAGCCAAAAUGGCAGAAUGACCGGUCCAGUUUCCUGACUUCCCUCUGGUUAGAAGGUUACAGUAGAGUGAGGCUGAAUGUAAGGAGCCAAAAUGGCAGAAUGACCAGUCCAGUUUCCUGACUUCCCUCUGGUUAGAAGGUUACAGUAGAGUGAGGCUGAAUGUUAUGAUGGCCUACAAAGUACAAAAGAAACUCCCACAUUCAUGCGCUAACCCCGAUUCCCAACACCUCCUAACCCCGAUUCCCUAUCCAUUUUAGAUACCUUAACUAUUGACCAGGUAUUAGCAGUAUGGGCAUAGCUUCACCUUGCACUCUGCUGAGGCUUGAACCAUGGUUACAUAUGCAAUUUGUUCAGCGUUACACACUGCCUAGGGCCUGGAAGUCCAUCUGUAAUCGGGCACUUUAUAUCUCCAUCUUAAUGUCACCUUACAUAAACGGAGACCUUUCCGUCCCACAAACCUCCGUCAGUCCUGCCUCUGGGUGUGAUGAUGCCCUGGGGUGGCUUUUAGAAGGCCCAGAGCUGGAAGUUUUAAAAACAAAUACCCUCCUUAUGAUUUCUGUGACGAGCGACAGGAGAGAAAAUGAACCGGUGCGACGCUCUCUGUUCUAAAACUGGAAAAAGCCAAGGUUUCAACAUGAUCGUCUGGACGUGAUUCAUCUGUUUAAGUGUGUAAUGUUGUCUUACAUUGCUAAGGGAAACAAAGAAUGGCCUGAUCAGCUUCCUGUUGCAACACCGUUCAUCAAACCAGACCACUACUCUACAUCUGGUCUGACCCAGACCACUACUCUACAUCUGGUCUGACCCAGACCACUACUCUACAUCUGGUCUGACCCAGACCACUACUCUACAUCUGGUCUGACCCAGACCACUA